AUGAAUCUCUUGGAUCCCUUCAUGAAGAUGACAGAAGAGCAAGACAAGUGCCUGUCUGGGGCCCCAAGCCCUUCCAUGUCUGAGGACUCUGCUGGUUCCCCUUGCCCCUCUGGCUCAGGCUCAGAUACUGAGAACACCAGACCCCAAGAGAACACUUUCCCCAAAGGGGAUCCUGAGAUGAAGAAGGAGUCAGAGGAUGAAAAGUUCCCUGUCUGCAUCAGAGAGGCGGUCAGCCAGGUGCUGAAGGGAUAUGACUGGACCCUGGUGCCCAUGCCAGUCAGGGUGAAUGGAUCCAGCAAGAACAAACCCCAUGUCAAGAGGCCAAUGAAUGCCUUCAUGGUGUGGGCACAGGCUGCCAGGAGGAAGCUUGCGGAUCAGUACCCACAUCUUCACAAUGCAGAACUCAGCAAGACCCUGGGCAAGCUCUGGAGGCUGCUGAAUGAGAGCGAGAAGCGUCCUUUUGUAGAAGAAGCUGAGAGACUGAGAAUCCAGCACAAGAAGGACCACCCGGACUACAAGUACCAGCCACGACGAAGAAAGUCAGUCAAGAACGGUCAGGCUGAGCAAGAGGACGGUUCCGAGCAGACCCACAUCUCGCCCACUGCCAUCUUCAAGGCUCUGCAGGCUGACUCCCCACAUUCCGCCUCCAGCAUGAGCGAGGUGCACUCCCCAGGGGAGCACUCAGGUCAGUCACAGGGGCCACCAACUCCACCAACCACCCCUAAAACAGACGUGCAGCCCGGCAAGCCAGACCUGAAGCGUGAAGGACGCACCCUGCAAGAGAGUGGCCGCCAGCCCCCUCACAUUGAUUUCCGGGACGUGGACAUCGGAGAGCUGAGCAGCGAGGUGAUCUCCAACAUUGAGGCCUUUGAUGUCAAUGAAUUCGACCAGUACCUGCCACCCAACGGCCACCCAGGAGUCGCCUCCACACAGGUGACCUACACCGGCAGUUACGGCAUCACCAAUACAAACAGUGCUACCACGGGCGCCGGGCACACAUGGAUGUCCAAACAGCAGCAGCCGCAGCCGCCCCAGCAGCCGCACACAUUGUCGACUUUGAGCAGCGAGCAGAGCCAGUCCCAGCAGAGGACACACAUCAAGACUGAGCAGCUUAGUCCAAGUCAUUACAGCGACCAGCAGCAGCAACACUCCCCGCAGCAGCUCAGCUACACCUCCUUCAACCUCAACCAUUACGGCUCUUCCUACCCGACCAUCACGCGCUCACAGUACGACUACGCCGAGCACCAAGGUUCCAACACCUACUAUAGCCAUGCUGCAGGCCAGAGCUCCAACCUCUACUCUACCUUCAGCUACAUGAACCCAAGCCAGCGUCCCAUGUACACUCCUAUCGCAGACACGACGGGGGUCCCAUCUAUUCCCCAGACACAUAGCCCCCAACAUUGGGAGCAACCAGUCUACACACAGCUCACCAGGCCAUAGACAAAAAAAUAUAAAAAAAUCCCUAUAGGCCAUUGACUUUCUAAAGACAAUUGACCAUCCAGCGCAAGUGCCCUCUUCCUACGUGGUGCGUGACUCGUCGCCCUCUGCUGGCAGCCAGCGAGAAUGGGCAGCGGAUACUUCAGAAAAGAAAAAGAAAAAAACAUCGACUUGAUUUCUUGGAGAGACUUUGUAAUUCUACAUCCUCUGUGAGGACUAGUCUCUAUCUGAUAUAUUUUAGUAUGUACUGUGUAUGUUCUAUUGCCUUUAUAUGGGGGUUUAUACAUUUAUAUUUUAGAAGAAAAAAAAAAAAACACAUUUUAAGAAGAAGAAGAAAAAAAAAAAAAGGUUCUUUGUUGUUUUCCGACAAACUGCUCAAGGUAGUUUUUACAUCAUUUGAAUUUUACUCGAAUGAAAAUAUUUUUGUAAAAAAUGUUUUAAAAAAAAAUUUCAUAAAAAAAAAAACACAAACUGUUUAGUCUUGCAAUUUUUUUAUUUUUAUUUUGAAAAAGAAAAAACUCUGGUCUUAAAUAUUAAUGAUGAGUGGUGAGAGUUUUCGGCCAUAUGUAAAUCAGAAAGUCCGUUUAUACCCAAGUGCCAAUAAAAAAAAAUAAAAAAAAACAUUGUGCCCGAAGAUUCUAAUUCACAUGUUGCCUGUUGAACGGUUCCAGCCAGCCCGUAUACAAGUGCCCUUCACCAUGGCUAAAUGAUCUCCAGCAGCAGAAGCGAUAGAAUGAAAAACUUUUUCACCAAGUGUCACGCUCUUAAAUUAUUUAUUUUAUAAUAAAAAUAAUAUUAAUAAGUAAAGACUCCCGAACUUUAACAAAAAGGGUUUUUUUUGUACAAAAAAGAUAUAUAUUAGCAUGCUGCUGAUUUUUUUAUUUUUUUUUGCCUUUUUUUUUAAUGUACGCUUUUUGUUAAAUUAUGGGUUUUAAAUGUGUUAUUUCAUUUUUUUUUCUUUUUCUCUUUCUCCGACUUCUUUUGUGUUCUGAAUUCCUUCUUUGAGUCUGACGGUAAACGUAUGAGUCUACGAGAUGCUCUAAUUUACAUGGGGGAAGGGGUGGGGAAACGUUAAAUAGCAGAACAUUUAGGGGAAGUUAUUUUUUCUCCGUGCAAAAUUUUCCACUUUUCUAAAAUCCGAUAUAAAAAAAAAACGUAAUUUUUUCCAUUUUUUUUUUUUUCAAAUGCAUUUUGACUUUGGCAAAUCAUUUUAACAUUUGCCUAAAAAAAAAAAUUCUUGAUAUUUUUGGAAAGGUGGCGUAAUGUUGUUGAACGCUAUGUCGUGAUAGAGCACUCCGCAUUGAAUGCCUUCGUUACAUAAAGUAGGCCUUACAGAGUAACACCUACAGCGCUGACUUCUGCAGUCCGUGAAUCAUCUCUUUUAUUUUAUGUGCGAUUUUGUUUCUAUUGUUAUUUUUCUGUCUUUGUGAACUUAUCCUCUUGUGUAUUAUUGUUUUGCAAUAAAUAUAAAACAAUGUAA